AUGAGGAAAGUUGACUCCACGUCCCAAAUUGAAGUUAUACCAAACCCUGCCGGAGAAAGAGUCACACCUGCCAUUGUCACAGUCGCUGAAAAUGAUUUUGUUGUUGGAACGGAAUGCAAGUCAUUGAUGAUCUCAAGCUGGAAUACCACUGUCGUGUGUAACAAACGCAUGCUGGACACCAACACGCCUGAAGGUAAAAAUGGCCAUUGGAGAGUGGCCACAGUGCUCCGAGAGGAGAUGGCUAGAAGUACAGUCCCAGGAGCGGAGGGCGAACCCUCAUGUGUUCUGUUGGUGCCUACACUGAUGUCUGAAGAAGGCAGGUUCAAACUACGAGCGGCAGCGGAGGCAGCAGGCUGGCUUGUGAUGCAUAUCAUCUGUGAACCAGCCGCGGCCCUUCUGGGAUACAACUUGCUCUCGGACUACACAAAAAAGAAAGUAUUGGUGUACAGAGUAGGAGGCAGAAGUUGUGAUGUCACGUUGGUACAAGUGGAUGGAUUUUUGAACCUUCAGGAAACAGAGUACACAGAAGAAGUGGGGGGUAAACUCCUCAUAAAUACACUUACCACGUACUUGGCACAGGAAUGUUACAGGAAAUACAAUUUUGAUAUAAAAGAGAGCCACAGGUCUCUGACAAAAUUGACACUAGCAGCAGAAAACUGCCUUCAUGUCCUUUCAUCUAGAGAAUCUGCCAAUUGCUUUGUUGAGAGUUUAUGUGGAGUCGAUUUUAGUCAUCAAAUGUCCCGCGCUCGUUUCGAGUCUUUAUUAAAUCCACUACUUGCUGAAUUUGCCAAACCACUGCAUUCAGUCCUCUCCAGGCAGAAUUUGAUUCCUGAUGAUGUUACAAUGGUUUUGCUUUGUGGUGGGCCAAUGAAAAUACCUAAACUGAGGAAUUAUAUCUCAGAAAUAUUUGAUGAAUCCAAAACCAAAGUUGUGCCACUGCCACAUGGCAUGAACUAUGACGAGGUGUUGGCCUGUGGUGCUGCUCGUGAAGCUGGAAUAGCUGAUUACAAUAUGCGCAACAACUUCCUUCCAAAUCGACUUAUUGUUCUGGAGUUUCCAAUCAGAAUAGAGGUUGAAGGGGCGCAAAGUCAUCUGAGCAAUGAACUGAGGACUGGACUUUUUAUCCCCAUCCACAAGGUAUUAAUAAUAUCAUCCCCUGAGGAAGUGGUCACCCUCACAUUCUCCCAGUUGACUGAUCAGAAUAUUCUGAGAGGACAGUUACAACUGGAAGGACCUGGCCUACCUGAUCCUUGUUACCUGGAAUUAGAAGUCAACAGUGAAGAUGGAAUAAUAGUUGGAGUUCCUGACGAAGACGAUAACUAUCAACAACAUGUGGUUCGUGAGUUCUGCCACGCGAUGAACAAAGAGCAUCUGCCCUUCAUAGCGCUCUAA